AUGGGAAAGGGUCUAGUAGCAAUGGGUGGAAAUAAGUAUGACGGUUAUGCUGAUUUGGAAAUAACCGGAAGCGGAAGCAGAGGGCGAGGUAGAACCAGAGUCAGAAGUGAGGUUGAACCGGAAGGUUCUACUGAGCCAGAACCAUACUGGCCUUUAGCAUUUCAACAAUGGGGAUCGGCAUGGCAUUUACACACGUAUUCAGUUGCGUGCAUUUUCAUGUUCAUAGCCAUUCUUGCAGCAAUGAGUAUGAUUGUCUAUUUAAAGAACAAACAGGUGCUCAAACAAGUAACCUUGACAUUUACUUUGCAGUGCUUGUUGCUGUAUUUCACUUUGCUUAGGUCAUUGGUAAUGUUUAUCAACCCUUACCAAACAGAGGAAAAAAUUAACGACACAGUGUUCCACAUGAUGUGGUCAUUUUCUUUACCAGGACUCACAGCAGCUUUCAGUGUGUUAUUGUUAGUUUUCUUGGACACAACUAAAAUGACAUUAGGACCUCCAGUAUUUCAAAAAUUGUCAGUGCUGUUGAUAUUCACCGCUUGCCAUUUUGUUAUCGUUGUAUCAGCUGACAUUAUUUGUGCUCUCGUCACGAGUUCCUGUGCACCAAUGCUGAUGUUCUGUCAAGCUCUGUUUAUACUCUACGGGACCUUGUUGGCAGCCGGUUACGCCUAUACAGCGAUUUCUUUACACAGAAAAUGUGUCACCGGCGUUAUUAGUGCCGAAGAAAACAGAAAAAUCAUUCGUCUCAUAAAAAUCUCAGGAUUUGCAUCUUUUAUUGCCUUAUCUAUUGCCGUGACGCACCUUUAUGCCGCUUGCAGCGAAUUCGGAAUUUAUAGUGACGUCAUCUACGUAAACGCUUGGGACUGGUGGAUUCUACAAUCGGUUUUAAGAUUUGAAGAAAUUAUGUCAUCUUGCCUUAUUCUGCUGAUAGCGUUCCGCAACCCAUUUGCUGGAAAUUGCAGAAUAAGAAACUGGAUGUUAAAAUCAGUUAACAGAAAAAUAAACCCCUUGCCGCAAACAGAUGUAUCGCCGUUAGAUAAGACACAAGUGACAUAACGAUUUCUGCUAAGUGAAGACAAUUGGCGUAAUCAGUGUGCAAAAUGGUAAACGCAGAAUGAACGACAAUCCAUGUGUUAAAUGGUUGCCAGUAAUUUGUGGGCAAUCAAUGUCUAUGAUGGUCCAAAGUAUGGUGAGGACAACCAAUAAGAAUAAUUUGUAUUAGUCAAUAUGUACAUUGGUUUCCAAUGAACUGAGGGCGUUGCUUUUGCAAUGUGUCAACAAUUAAGUGCAGGAAAAUUAAUGAAUACGGAAAAUCUAAAUAAUUAAAAUAAUUAUGUUUGAAAAAAAGACCCAGUGCAACAACAGAGAAACAAACUAGUGCGAAAAGAAGAGAUCGGCUACAUAUACAUAGCUAUAUAUGAUUAAAGCAGCAUAAAACAAUGUAUGAUAACGUCAUCUAUGUGCAAUUGUACCUACGAUAUUUUCAGUUUUUUUGUACUUUUUCAUUUUGUUUGUUGACAAAAAUGUAUAAUAUUUUAGUGAUGCUACAAUAGCUGACAUGUUAUUUAUAAAAGAGAAGUACUAAACACUAAUAGAUACCCUUUUUGGCACUGCGUAGUGAAUAGUGUUUCUUGUGGCAAAACUGUGAAUUUUGUUAAUUAGAUAGAGAUCUUACUUAAGGAUCUAAAAUUCGGUCUUGACUAUGAUUUCCCUGCCUGUAUUGAUAUUCACCAAGUUAAUAAGUUAGAUACAAGUGCUGGCGUGUUUUCUCCACUUGUCCACUUCUCUGCAAGAUGUAAGACAAAAUAUUUCACGGCGACGUUGCCAUUUAUUUUAGAGCCACUUUUAACAGAUAUUGAAGAAAUAAAAGAACCAGAGGCAUUUAUUUUUCAUUUCUUUGCAAAAACUGAAGGUGUCGUAUAUCACUUUAUAUUUGCUAGUAAUCGCAGCAGGUAAAAUAUUGACCAAAAUGACAAUAUGAAAAAACAUUGACCAAAAUAACAAUAAAACAUGAUAUAACAAAGUUGACCAAAUGAUGUUAUUACUAACAUUAAAACAUCAAUUUCCUCA